AUGCAAGAUUUUACGAACGUCCAAAAACUUCACCAACAAUAUGAGGAAUUAUUAAACAAAACGAAAGAAGUCACCACAGAAUUACAAAACAUCAAAGAGAAAAUCAUGAAAAUGCGCCAAAACGAAUUUGUGAAAAAUUUUGAUGAGGAUUUUACAAAAGAAAUAGACCAAAACGAUUUCGAAGAAAUAUACAAAGAGGCGAUGGAAAGUUAUAAAAAUGCUGAUGAACUGUACGAACAAUUUCAAGAUGACAUGAAUUCUUCGUUUGAAAAAACGGAAAUGCAGAAACGUGAAUAUAAAGUCAUGAUGAUGAGAUACGACGAACAGGCAGUACUUUUAGCAAAUCAUCAAAUUUUUAUCAACAAAUUAAAAAACAAAAUCAUGAAUAAAAAUUCACCAACUCAAAAAAGUGGGUUUGACGCAAGUUUCAUCUCUUUAAUUGCAAUGUUUGUGCGGCCAGAAGAUUUAUUUAAUUUUGUCGCUGUUUCAAAAAAAGUUCAAAUCGGCGUCUUUACAGCCAGAAAGUGCAUUUUAUGUUCACUAAUUGGAAAGAACCUUUUUCGAGAGUUAAAAUAUUUCCAACGUGCGGAAUCGUUUUUGUGCAACACAACUUUUUUGUGUCAAAUAUCGGCAACACGGUACGAAAACGACAAAUACGUUUCGGUGGCUAUUAACGAACUCAACAAGAUACAAACGAUGAAACUCAUAAUUUCAAACAAAAACGAAAUACUGUCGAAAAUCACUCGCCCAAAAAUUAACGAGUUAAUAUUACCACUCCAUUAUUAUUUUAAAAAUUUAUUUGAUAAAAUGUCAACACUCCAAAUUUUGAAAAUCGAAUGGAACGUCGAAACAAAUGAUGAAGUAUUCGAGAACUUAAAUUCUGAAAUCUCAAACUUGAAAACUUUGACGAAAGUAUUUAUUAAGGCGCCACUAUCUAUAAUCAAUAGUAAAUUUACUAAAAUUUUACUUAAAAAAGACAUUUUAUUUAUAGUUUGUGCAAGUGAGGUUGAUGGUCUGUUAUUAGUGAAAUUCGACGAAACAUUUCGGGAAAAUGCUGAAAAUAUCAGACUGAUUGUAAGAGAUAAUUAUGUUGUGAAGGAAAUUUUCGCAAUCAUCAAAAUGUGGAACAAGAAAUUAGAAAAUCACAAAAGUUGUCAUUCCAUCAAAUCUUGGGUUUUGCCAGAAAGAGACGUACACUUGGGCGUUGGAAAUACUGAAAAUACACAUGGCAAAAACUGCCUCUGGGUUGGUUUGAAUGGUCAAACCGAAGUUUUUCACACACACCAAGACAUGCUCGAUGACAACACUUUCGUCAAAGAACUCACAGAUGGCAUACUACCACAGUCAGUCUCUUUUUAUUCCAAAGAUAAAACAAAGAAGAGUGAAUUCUUAAUAAUGAAAACAACUCGCGAAAAAAUUGGACAAACAAUAGAAGAGGAAGUGCCGUUUAAAUUGUGUUGGGACGGACUGGCAAAAGUCUCAUUUUCAUAUUUAAUUUUUACAAAUGGAUUUCCAGAAAUAAGUCGGAGUGUGGAGACAUUAAAACUGACUGGCUGCGUGUUACAAGUCCGUUUUGAAAUACCAGAAAGAGUGAAAGUUUUUGAACUGAAAAAUUGUCUUGGCGUGGAGGUUGUCACGCUGUUUCACCAUGUCAACUUUUUUUCGGUGUGUAAUGUGCCAAGUUUCAAGGUGUUUGUAUUUUAUUCUCAGGAUAUGAACGCACCGUUGACAAAGUCUAUUGUCCUGAAAGAUUGUUCAAAUUUGGGUCCGGUCGCAUUGCCAUUUGGGUUACAAGAUCUUACAGUGAUAGAAUGUCCAAAGUUCAAAAUAACAAACGCGCGGUUGUUCAAAUUUUUUAGACCAUCAAUGUGGGAGGCCUUGUUGAGGUUCUUCUGA